GCCGUUUCUAUUGUCACUGAGGGAAAGCACUAUACAAUUUCACCAUACAUAUAAAACCCGCCAGAGAAAGUGGUCGAAUCCCAGGAUCAAUCGUCCGUCGCCGUCUUCAUUGUUCUCCGGUUUUGUGCUUGAUCUAGGUUUGAUGCUCAAUCGGCUCCCAUGGUUGAAGAAAGUUUGGAGAAUUUUGAAAGUCCGCGACUGGACGAUUGCCGAAUUUGGGGGAGAGGGGUUGAAAUGACUAUGUGCUGUUGAAUUCCCUUUUUUUCCACUGUCUAGGGUUUCUGUUUUGUUGCUGGAAGUAAAAAAUUAUAGAAAAAUCAUUAAUUUCCGAGUGUUCCGUGUUGUAUUCAGUUAUCAGCGAUAAUUUUCAAGUGUCAAUUCUGGGUUUUCCUUUGUUUUGCUUUUUAUAUAUUUUGUUCUUUUAAUUCAUUGUAGCUUUGGCUCAAUUUGAGAGGGAUUUUGAACCCAGUGACUGUACAUUUUAAUGAUUUCUUUUUUACGUUCCUUUUCUCUAUGAUAUGUCUUCAGCUCCUGGUUUUCUGCCAGAAAGCUAGGUAAAAUCUUGGUACUUUUGUAAACAAGCAGAACGUACCUGUAAGAACAAUACUGGUAAAAUAACUGUCACUAUAAUAGAAAAGAUGGCAAAUCCUGGAUUGGCCAAUGGGAAUAAGGUGCAACGCCUAGGAAUCACAGAACCAAUAUCUUGGAGUGGACCCACAGAACAUGACGUGGUCAAGACCUGUGAACUCGAAAAGUAUUUGGCAGAUGUGGGGUUGUAUGAGAGCCAGGAGGAGGCAGUUAGUAGGGAAGAAGUGCUUGGGAGAUUAGAUCAGAUUGUGAAGAUUUGGGUAAAAAGCAUAAGUCGAACAAAGGGUUUGAAUGAACAGCUGGUGCAAGAAGCAAAUGCUAAGAUUUUCACUUUUGGUUCUUAUCGCCUAGGGGUACAUGGUCCUGGUGCGGAUAUAGACACACUUUGUGUGGGACCUCGGCAUGCAACCCGCGAAGAAGAUUUUUUUGGUGAGCUCCAUAAGAUGCUCUCAGAGAUGCCUGAAGUAACAGAGUUGCACCCUGUACCUGAUGCUCACGUCCCAGUGAUGAGGUUUAAGUUCAACGGGGUUUCUAUAGACCUUCUCUAUGCAAAGUUAUCGCAUUGGGUGAUCCCUGAAGAUUUGGAUAUUUCACAAGACUCAAUUCUACAGAACGCAGAUGAGCAAACAGUUCGUAGUCUUAAUGGUUGUAGAGUUACUGACCAAAUUCUUCGAUUAGUGCCAAAUAUCCAGAGUUUCCGCACUACAUUGAGAUGCAUGAGGUUUUGGGCAAAGCGCCGUGGUGUUUAUUCUAAUGUUGCAGGGUUUCUAGGGGGUAUAAAUUGGGCAUUGCUUGUUGCUCGCAUUUGCCAGCUUUAUCCAAAUGCACUACCCAAUAUGUUGGUGUCUCGGUUCUUCAGGGUUUACACCCAGUGGCGUUGGCCAAAUCCUGUGAUGCUUUGUGACAUAGAAGAAAGAUCUCUAGGGCUGCAAGUUUGGGAUCCUAGAAGAUAUCACAAGGACAGGUUCCACUUGAUGCCCAUCAUUACUCCGGCAUAUCCUUGUAUGAAUUCUAGCUAUAAUGUAUCAUCAAGUACUCUGCGGAUCAUAACUGAAGAGUUCCAGAGGGGAAAUGAAAUUUGUGAGGGUAUGGAUGCGAACAAGGUUGAUUGGAAUACACUUUUUGAGCCUUAUCCUUUCUUUGAAGCAUACAGAAAUUAUUUGCAAAUUGAAAUUAGUGCUGCAAAUGCUGACGACCUGAGAAAAUGGAAAGGCUGGGUUGAAUCUCGCCUUCGUCAGCUCACACUGAAGAUUGAGAGACACACAUUCAACAUGCUUCAGUGUCACCCUCAUCCAAGUGACUUCUCUGACAAAUCCAAACCUUUCCAUUGCUGUUACUUCAUGGGCCUGCAGCGGAAGCAAGGGAUUCAGGCCAAUGAAGGUAAGCAGUUUGAUAUAAGGUUGACAGUUGAGGAAUUCAAGCAGUCUGUUGGCAUGUACACACUAUGGCAACCUGGAAUGGAAAUACAUGUUAGCCAUGUGAAACAAAAGAAUAUACCCAGUUUUGUAUUUCCUGGCGGUGUUCGGCCUCCUCGUCCUGCCAGAGUAACUGGAGAGAGUAGGCGGGCUGUGGAAUCAAAGAUAUCUUCCCAUGCUGAAUUGGACAAGUCAAGUGAGGCUGUUCCAGAGCGAGUAGAUGAGGAAAGGAAGAGAAAACGGGAGGAUGAUAAUGUAGAAACUAACUUGAAAAGCACAAAACGUUUAACUACUAUAGCUUCUGUCAGGGGUGGAGUUUCUGAGGGUAGCCUUGACAGUACCACUUCUUCAUAUUCUAUAAUAGGUGCAGAAGGUGAUAAUGCCCCUAACAGGCUUGAAAAUCCAGCUGAGGAUCCGUAUCACAAUGAUGGACAAAGUAACCAAUUUGUGAGCCAUACUUCUUUUACUGAUAAUGCUACCGAUGCAUCAUUGAACUUUAAAGAAGCAGAGAAUCUUGCAAUUGAGAAGAUCAUGUCUGGUCCAUAUAUUGCUCAUCAAACCUUUCCUCAAGAAUCUGAUGAGCUUGAGGAUGACACUGAAUACAAAGAUUUAGGUGCGAGCACAAAAGAUGGUCCCUUGGAGUCCUCAACAGCAGAAGCAGUAGUUUCAGCUACCGGUAUCAAUGGAGCUUGUUCAUGUGCAAAUUUACAGUCAAAUGGGGGAUUGGAAGAGCUUGAGCCGACUGAACUUGCGGCACCAUUGUCAAGUGCAAUAUGCCCGCCUAUGGCACAAAGGAAGCCACUUAUCAGAUUUAACUUCACUUCAUUGGCUAAGGCUACGGAUAAGAACAGUUGAAGUGGUAUCCACCAUCUACAUCUAGUGAGUGAAAAGCUGAUUCGGGACAGAUGGUUCUGCUAUUGUAUGCAUUUUGAGAAACAAACAAUAACAACCUCCCUUUCCCUUUCCUAAUGGAAAAAAGAAAAAGAAAAUCGAACAUUUUCUUUUGUAACAUAGAUCAUAUAGUGAAUAAAUGCUUAAUUGCACAUGCUCUUAUUCUGCAUUAUGUCACGUUCCUGUAUGUUUCCGGAAACUGCUAUUAGCCACCAGAGCAUCUUAUGCAAAUCGAUGGCUGCCUCUUGUAGUUUGUUCUC